GUCAGAAACCCUGUGAAGCUAUACAGAAUUCACAAAACCUUAUCCACAACCUCGAAAGUUAUACAAAUUAGGUAUUCCUCAACAAGUCAAAUCUAGAGAAGUAAGAAUGACAAACAUUGCCUGCAGGCCUGUUUCCUCUUCUUACCUCUCCACAUGCCCUAUGAAAUAAGCAGAAUCGAGAUCUAUUACUGUUCAGCACUUCCAAUCAUCAUAACAACAAUAAUCUGUAUGAAGCAAGAAAGAGCAUUUUACCAUAUCCACCCAAGUUCCCAGUAACCUAGGAUCGUCAAGGAUAAAUGCACAGCAACUCAUUGGAUCUGUCAACACCUAGUUUAUUAUUGACAAUUUGGAGGUUUUUUGCAUGAGUUAAGCUGUUGCUGGUUAUUUCUUGAUUAUAUACCAUAAUCAUAUAAACGUACUGGCUAUAAUGCACAUGAAAACAUAUUAACAUUUUCAUCAGCAUGCACUUGCGCGUUUGACUUUGAUUUAAUAGCAUGUCUCUUUUUUUUCAAAAAGUUAAUUUCAGCCAUACAAAAAUUAUUUAAAAACUGCAAAACAUAAAAAUCACAGGCAGUUAUGCAGAGAGAGAGAGAGAGAGAGAGAGAUUUUCAAGGAAAUAAAGGGGAAGAGAGAAAAUCAAGGACCAUCAGACCUGAUUUUCUCUUACCUCUAUGGUUUCCACUUUGACUAAUCCUGCAAAACACUUUUCAAUCUUGUUUUUACUUUCUUUUAUUUCCUCAAAUGUUUAUGUGCUUCCAACUUAAAAUUGCUAUUAUAUCUUCUUUCUUACCAUUCGUAAACCAGCAUGGAUAUCAUACACAAACGUUUAUGCCUUGAUCAAUACUCAUUCAACCCUUUGGUCACGGCAUUGACGCAGACCUCUUGCAUUCUUGCCAUCUCCCAUUUCUUCCACCUUCUCCUCAAGCCUGUGGGACAACCAGGACCAGUUGCACAAGUUCUAGCUGGAGUAGUCUUAGGCCCCUCGGUAUUGUGCCGUAUUCAUCACAUUAGGGAAUUCUUCAUUCAGCCUACUUCUGCGGAUUAUUAUCAGUUUUUCUCAUACUUGUUUGAGAUUAUAUUUAUGUUCUUAAUCGGUUUGGAGACAGAUAUAUCUUUUUCAAAGUGCAACUUGUAUGUAGCAAGCAUUAUUGCUUAUAGUGGUUUGAUCUUAAAUAGCAUCCUUGGAGCAGCUUUGAGCCCACUUUUCAUCAAACUACUGAGAAUCCCUGACAAGAAGAUACAAUUUGCCACCAUUAUCAUGAUGAUCCUAGCGAACUCAGCGUCUCUUGUUGUGAUUCGAUUAGUAGCUGAUUUGAAGCUCGACACUUCAGAUGUAGGAAGAUUGGCAGUAACUUCUUCUUUGGUCAAUGAAAUGUCAUGUGUUCUUGUAGCUUCUCUAUAUCAGGCUGUGGGUUCAUGGAAAAGUUUUUCUUUCUUAUUUCUCACCUUUCUUGUAACCGGAUCGCUUAUUGGUUUGAACCAAUACUUGGCCUUAUGGAUUAACAAGUCGGACAGGGAAAACAAAUACGUGGGCAAUGCGUAUGUUUCAUUUAUUUUUUUCCUGAUUCUGGUGUUAUCGUUUAUUGUUGAAACAUGUGGAUAUAGCAGCACGAUUUCUUGUUUCUUUGUUGGUUUGAUGUUCCCUAGAAAAGGAAAAACAUGUAGGACACUGUUGUCCAAACUCAGUUAUCUUGUUCACAACUUCUUACUUCCAAUUUAUUUCGGAUACAUUGGGUUUCAGUUUGAUGUAAAUUAUUUGAACAGUAUUGCCACCAUCAUUACGGUUGUUGUUAUGAUCCUGUUGAACUUCGGGGGCAAACUUGUCAGCACCUUAGCAGCUUGCCAUUACUUAAAGAUCCCACUGAAUGAAGGAUUCAUGUUUUCUUUGAUACUCAGCUUGAAGGGCCAUUUCGAUCUUCAACUUAUCAAUGUAGAACCAAACUCCAGGUUAUGGUGGAAUCCGUAUGUCCAUAGUGUGCUGUUGUCCACAGUGGUGCUUGACACGGUUAUUGGAGGGAUCAUAGUUGCUUUUACAGUAAAAAGAGAAGAAAAAUCCUUAUCUCACAAACAAACCUCACUUGAAUUGCAUGACCCGGAGUCUGAACUCCGAAUUCUGGCUUGCACCUAUGGCUCAAGGCAUUCUUCAGGAGCACUCGGACUAAUUUCAGCUUUGGGUGGAUCAAAAAGAGCAAUAGUCACCCCUUACUUGAUGCACCUGGUUGAACUCCCGGAGAAGCGUAAAACCAAUCUGAUGUACCACCAACUUGCUGAGGGUGAUCAAUACAGUGACGAAGAUGACUAUGGUGGAGAUGAUGUUGUUGAGAUAAAUGAUGCUGUGGACACCUUUACCUCUGAGACAAAAAUUUUGAUCAACAUUGUUAAGGCUGUGUCAUCUUUUGCAUCCUUGUACGAGGAUGUGUGUACUGGUGCUGAGGACAGGCGUAUAUCUAUUAUAUUCCUUCCAUUUCACAAGCAUCAACGCAUUGAUGGCAAUAUGGAGAUUGACAAGGAAGGGAUUAGAGCAACUAACCAGAGGGUUCUGCGCCAUGCUCCGUGCUCGGUUGGGAUUCUUGUGGACCGAACAGUAACUGGAUUCCAGCAACCACAUGGCUCCAACUCGGUGCAACAUGUAGCAACUUUGUUCUUUGGAGGCCCCGAUGAUAGAGAGGCAUUGGCAUUUUCCAAGUGGAUAAGCAGCCAUCCACAAGUUAACUUGACACUCAUCAGAUUCCUCCCAGUAAGAGAACAGAUUUCAGGAAGUCAUAACCAGGACAAUGAGUUCUUAUUGACUGUGUCAACUAGCAAUUCUCAGACUGUGAUAGACAAUGCCUCUCUGGUAGAAUUCUAUAACAGGUAUAUUGCUUCAGGUAAAGCUAAUUACACAGAGAAGCAUGUUAGCAAUGGGGGAGAAACUGUGGCAGCUUUAACAGAAUUAAGAAAAGUGUAUUCCUUAAUUAUAGUUGGAAAGGGUGGAAGAGGGAAUUCAUCGAUAACAACUUUGAGUGACUGGGAGGAGUGUCCAGAGCUCGGAACAGUAGGGGAUUUUUUGGCUUCUACAGAUUUCAACACCAAUGCUUCAAUUCUAGUCAUUCAAAAACAUCAGCACACCACUGAUGAUAGCUUCAGAGGUGACCACUGAAUGUAAUUGUAUUUCCAAGUUAGUCAUGAAAGUUUUAGCUGUUCUCAUAGGUGUUAGUUUAAUUCAAAUGUAGGGGUGAGGAUAAAGCACAUAUUCAAAGAUGUAGAA